AUGAUGUUACCGCCUUUAUUUCCAACAAAUAAUUCUUAUGAAUCAAAAAAAUUAUCUGAAAAUACAAAGACUACUUAUCAGUGUGAUGGAAAAAACCAAAAAGAGGAUAGUAACACCUAUCUGGUGAUUGGUCAGUCUGUACAAAUUGAGGCAAAAUUUUCGAACAGUCGACAUGAAUUCUUUCCAGCCGCCACCACCGGGGACAUGAAAGGAGCACGGCUAAGGGACGGUGAAGCUCCUAAUGCUGUACCAUCACAUUCAAAAUUACAUUAA